UUGUGGACAGGUGUCUUUAAUACUGAUAACAAGUUCAAACAGCUGCACAGGAUCAGUACAUCUGAACAUCACACCUGCGGGACAGGUACAGGAUGACAACAACUGCCCGAGUUACACCAGGAAUGCACAAUCCCUCCAUCAGUGCUCAGACUGUAUGCAAUAGGCUGAGAGAGGCUGGACUGAGGGCUUGUAGGCCUGUUGUAAGGCAGGUCCUCAACAGACAUCACCGGCAACAACGUCGCCUAUGGGCACAAACCCACCAUCGCUCGACCAGGGGGGAUGGUCAGAUUCGCGUUUAUCAUCGAAGGAAUGAGCAUUACCUGUCCUCUAGAGCGGGAUCGAUUUGGAGGUGGAGGGUACGUCAUGGUCUGGGUUGGUGUAUCACAGCAUCAUCGGACUGAGCUUGUUGUCAUUGCAGGCAGUCCCGAUGCUGUGCGUUACAGGGAAGACAUCCUCCUCCCUCAUGUGGUACCUUACUGCAGGAUCAUCCUGACAUGACCCUCCAGCAUGACAACGCCACCAGCCAAACUGCUCGUUCUGUGCAUCAUUUCCUGCAAGACAGGAAUGUCAGUGUUCUGCCAUCAAGAGCCCGGAUCUCAAUCCCAUUGAGCACGUCUGGGACCUGUUGGAUCUGAGGGUCCCGGCUAGGGCCAUUCCCACCAGAAAUGUCUGGGAAACCUGCAGGUGCCUUGGUGGAAGAGUGGGGUAACAUCUCACAGCAAGAACGGUCAAAUCUGGUGCAGUGCAUGAGGAGGAGAUGCACUGCAGUACUUAAUGCAGUGAGUGGCCACACCAGAUACUGACUGUUACUUUUGAUUUUGACCCUCCUUUGUUCAGGGACACAUUAUUCCAUUUCUGUUAGUCACAUGUCUCUGGAACUUGUUCAGUUUAUGUCUCAGUUGUUGAAUCUUGUUAUGUUGACAAAUAUUUACACAUUUAGUUUAAGUUUGCAGAAAAUAAAUGCAGUUGAUAGUGAGAGGACAUGUCUUUUUUUUCAAAUAAUGGAGUUUGAUAUGACUGAAAAACAAUGUCUCAGAGAUUCAUACCUGAACCGCACCAAGGAAGAGUACAUAAUAGGACUUGCAUCCUUGGCACAAUAAAGUUAUUACAUUCUACUCAAUCCAUAGGCUUCAUUAAUGUCAUUCGGACAUGAAGUUGAUACAACAACUAUGAUAGCUGAGGUUCAUAGUUUGGUAUGAAUAUUAGUUCAGAACCUAAUGUUUUAGGGUCCAUACACAGAUCGGCUACAUACUGUAGCUAGCUACACAUCCAUUGGCAUUCAGUUAUUUUUAUCCUCCACUACACAAUAAGCAUGCAAAUAGUUAGCUAGCUAUGUUACUUCAGCUGCAUUGCAAGGCAAGCUUACACAAUUGUACAUUCAAUUUGCAGUAAAUACUUUAGCUAGUUUGAUUCUCCACUGUUUCACAAGAUGACAGCCUGGUUUGCUGGUUUUCUCAGGAGUCCCUAAAACAUUAAACAAGACAAAUUACAAAUUCAUUCUCCUGUCAUAAUACUACCUAGCUUGCUGGCAAAUGUUAGCUAGUCAUAACUUGCUAAAUAGCGAUUAGCGAACUUCCCCUUGUGGUGGUCUGGAGCAAUGAAACCAUACCUUUAAGUCCCACGGUGCAAGCUCACAACUUUUAAAUUAGGAACCACUCCAAAAUGAAGGAAAUCUUUGACUAUGUACAGACUCCGUGAGCGUAGCCUUGCUAUUGAGAAAGGCCACCGAAAGCAGACCAGGCUCUCAAAAUGAAGUGGUAUCUGAGCUGCACUUCCUAACCUCCUGCCAAAUGUAGGACCAUAUUAGAGACACAUAUUUCUAUCAGAUUACGCAGACCCACAAAGAAUUCAAAAACAAAUCCAAUUGUGAUAAACUCCAACAUCUAUUGGGUGAAAUACUAGUGUGCAAUCACAGCAUCAAUAUUUGCGACCUGUUGCCACAAGAAAAGUGCAACCAGUGAAGAACAAACACCACUGUAAAUACAACUUGCAAUUAUUUUUAUUUAUUUUCCCUUUCGUACUUUAACUAUUUGCACAUCAUUACAUCACUGUAUGUAUACAUAAUAUUUGGAUCUUUUUGAAGUGUAAUGUUUACUGUACAUUUUGUUUAGUUUUUUUCCACUUUUGUUUAUCUAUUUCACUUGCUUUGGCAUUGCAAACAUACGUUUCCUAUGCAAAUAAAGCCCUCAAACUGAAUUAGAGAGAGCGAGAGAGAGAGACUGAGUGACUGAGUUUUAGGUGAGAAUCUUUUAGGUGAGAACAGGAAAUUAGAUAUAAGCAUCGAGAGAGGGAGACCAAGUUAAAAGGAAGUGUUUAUAUCUGAUGCUAGUCAAAGAUGGAUCUAACAAUAGAUAAUACCCAACAUAUGUCCUCUGUCAAUCUAUCUGUUCACAGGCUCAAUGGAACCAGCAAUCAUCCACACAGACAGUGUUGGCUAUACCCUGAUUUUGUUGUUACACAAGUCGCUCUACCUGGCCCUGUCACACCUGGGUUUCCUAGCCAACAGCCUGACCCUGCAUGAACUCUGGAGGUCGGUGUGGACCCCCACCAUCAUCCUGACCCUCAACAUGGUGACCUCUGACCUCUUGCUGUGCACCAGCUUCCUGUUCCGGGUGGUAUACUACCGGAGGGGUCACAUCUGGUCUGGAGGGGACACGGUGUGUCAGGCUGCCAUGCUAACCAUGAUAACAGUCUUCUACGUCAACCUCUACUGUAACAUAAUGCUGCUUCUCUGGACCAGUGUGACGCGCUACGCCACCGUGGUGCGGCCUCGCCCUGCCCUCCUUACUCCCCUCACCAGGUCCAGAGGAUGCUGGGUACUCUGCCUCAUCACCUGGGUAACUGUGGCAACGGUGAUGAGUGCCAGUGUGGUACUUCAGAUCGAAAGAAGAAGAGGAGGAGACAGCUGCUUUGACAUGUUGGAGAAUCACCACAGAGAAGAGUUCAACAACCAACACUGCCUGAGGGUGGUCCUGUUUUUCAUGAUUCUCACCUUUAUUCUGGUCGGCUAUGGGGGACUAGUGUUGCAUCUACAGAGUGUCAGGGGGGCCAGGAACAAACGCACCAGUGAAGGAGGUGUGACGGAGGUGGUUGAGUUGCGGGGUGGAAGAGGGGUGUGUGGUGUUUUUAGGGGAGAGGGAGGGCAGGGGGAGAACAGACGGGGUGUAGACUUGGGGGUGCGUUCAAGGGCAGGAGAUAGGCAGGGGGUGAAGGGUGGUAGCCUGAGGGUUCGAAGGAAGAUCCUGGCAGCGGUUGUGGUGUUUGUGGCGUGUUUCUUUCCCUACCAUGUCCAGCGUGCAGUGACCCUGCUCUCACCACACGGGGGCGACUGUGAGAAGGGGAAAACAUGA